AUGCUUAAGAUACAAGAUGUUCCAUCAGAGACAAGAAAAAUUAUUGGUAGAAAUAAUUCUAAAUUUUUAUUGUCAACAGAAAAUACAUAUCCAUGUGGCGUCAUUCAUGAGAUGGAGAUAAUGACAAAUGAUAGCAGUAACAAUUCCUUAGCAAACUGUAAAAUUCAUGGUGAAACUAUUUUAGAAAAACAAGCGGAAAACAAGCAAAAGCAAAAUCGACAUACACCAAAUUUCAAACAAAGUAACAGGCAUCCAGUUUUCAAAAGCAGUAAUCAGCAUGAUAAAUCAAACAGUGAAACAGACAGAACAAAUGAGGAUGUAGAGAAAGGAGAUGGUGAUAAUGGCGACAAACAAAAUAGUGCAAAAACUGUGAAGAAAAAAUGGAAACACUCUGUAACAUACAGUGAUAAUGUAGCGGAAGCUGUCAACGAGCCUGUGGAUAACGUAAUCAAUACUUAUAGUGUAAAUAACUACAGCGGCUCUUCAUCAUCUUUCUCCUCAUUAACUGAAAGUUUCACAUCACAGAAGGACGCCAAUUCAAUAUCCCCAGAAGCACAUCUGUCGAAAUUGAAAAAAAUACACCGCAAGGCAUCAAGACGCAAAAAGUUAAAAUAUUUUAGGAAAAUAUUUUAUUUUGUAUCAAUAAGAAUCAUUCUUAUGACUACAUUAAUUGUAAGUCUCAUAUUCCUUUUGGUUGGAUAUUUGAUAAGUAUAAGAUAUAUGAUGAUUACUGGAUGUAUACUGUCAUUGGCAUCAGCUGGUUGUUUAAUUCAAUUAUGCUUUUCAAAACGUACGGGUCCAAAUAAAUUUAAUCCUCAAUCUGUGCCAUUCGCACUAGCUGCUGAAGACCUUCCACAGACAACAGACAAAACCAUUAUUUCACCAUUAUCAAUAGCAACACAGAACAACUCGAACACGGUAUUCAAUAAUAGCAGUGCUUUAGCUGAAAUAAAAGCCGACAAUACAGGAAAACUAUUAACUGUCUCGAAUGCUUCAUCUACUGUACACUUGACUCCAAUAACAAACACACCAUUAGUCAUUGGGAUUGAUCAAAUUCAAGCUAGACGUUUAAGUAUGGCACUACAACGUUUAACAAGAAAUUCAAUCCAACCUCAAUCAUCAUCUUCAUACAAAAAUUAUGAAGGAUCAGGGAUGCUGAACAUGGCUAGGCGUUUAACAAUGGCCAGCUCAGCUAUCGCUAUGGCUGGUAAUGAUCGUGAUUAUUAUAGUCACUCAUCAUGGCUAACUGGGUCCAGAGUUAGACAUGGUGUACGACGCAGCUUGGCUUGGAAUGAUUCUGGUGCGACAAGAUUUUAUGAACAAUGCUAUGAUUAG